UCUUAAGUGAUAUCCCGAUUCCUCCUGCACUGGAACCACUGCAGUUCAUGGUCGGCCAGUGGCAUUCAAUCGCAUCGAAAGGUCUUCGAUACCCGACGGACAUGAAUUCAAGUGGCUAUGAAGAAUUAUUAGAUGUUAUGCCUGCCCAAGUACCAAUGUUUGGAACUCCAUCGCUUAAUUUUACGCAAGUUUUCCAGUCUUUAUUCGUGACAGGAUUUUCAAAGUCGGGAUAUCUCGGAAAAUUUUCAUAGAU